CUAAAGUUUCCAAUAUAAUUUCAGUCCAAUGUCCACCAUGUAUUCUCUCACCCCAAUCCCCAUAAAGAGCUCUAGAAUAAACUGAUGAAGACAUCCCAGUAGCAAAAGAAGCACCACAACAUUAUAUAUACACACUUUUUUUUUUCAUCAGACAUAUAUAGUACGUAAAACAUCAUAUACACAAUUAAGGAAAAAAGAUCGAUAGAUCGAAUUAAUGUAUAACAGCGUUAGCAACACGGUGAUAGGUUUCCUGAACCUCCUGACGCUGCUAGCCUCCAUUCCGAUCAUCGGCGCCGGGCUAUGGAUGGCGAGGAGCAGCACAACCUGCGAGAAGUUCCUCCAAACGCCGCUUCUCGUCAUCGGAUUCGUGAUCCUCAUUGUCUCGCUCGCCGGAUUCAUCGGCGCGUGUUUUCGCGUCACGUGGGCCCUUUGGUUCUACCUUCUCGUCAUGCUCUUCCUCAUCGCCGCUCUCAUGGGCAUCACCAUUUUCGGGUUCGUCGUCACCAGCCACGGCGGCGUCGCCGAGGUUCCCGGCAAGGUGUACAAGGAGUACCACCUGGAGAACUACUCGCCCUGGUUGAAGAAGAGAAUCUCCAACCCUCACUAUUGGAUGCCUAUCAGAGCUUGCAUUUUGGGUUCAAAAACUUGCGCCGCCAUUGUUUCUUGGACUCCCAUUGAUUAUCAAACCAAAAACAUGUCCCCUCUUCAGUCGGGGUGUUGUAAGCCACCGACAUCGUGCAACUAUGGAGCGACGUUGGAGUCGCAGGACCCGGAUUGUUCCCGGUGGAACAACGACCCGACGGUGCUGUGCUACGACUGCGAUUCCUGCAAAGCGGCGGUGCUUGAAGAUAUGAGGAGGGACUGGCAAAAGAUAUCCGUUCUUAACAUUGUCAUGGUGGUUGUGCUUAUCGCCAUCUACUCCGUCGGCUGCUGCGCCUUCGAGAACGCCAAAUUGGCGGAAACCGGCUACCAUUACGGCGAAAAUCGGAUGUAUAAACUCCGACCUAGAUGGGAUUUCUAUUGGUGGAGAAGACUUCACGACAGAAGACACCAGAUCUAUUAGCCUCUACCCAAAACCCCCAAGCUUGUUUCUUGAUAAUUUUGUUUACAAAUUUUCAUGUUGUGCAACUUUUUCAAUAUCCAAUCAAUGUUGCAUACAUUUAUAAUAUAUGUUAGAUGAUUUUUUUGUUUCGGGAA